CUGCCUGCACCCUCAUCCCUCAGCCUUCGUGUUUCCGGCCGUGCCUAUCUGCACCCGGGGCACGAAAUCCCUCCGCCGGGACUGGGGCGGCGGCACCCGACCGGAACCGGAAGUGAACCCUGCGCCGGGCGGGGAAGCCGGCGUCGGACCCGUCAGCAGCCGGCGGCGGUCGUCGGGGGCGGCGGCCGCGCUGCUCGGUGCGAGCCGGUCCCGCGGCCGGGCGGGCGGUCCGAGGGCGCGGCGCCAUGAAGCUGUACAGCCUCAGCGUCCUGUACAAAGGCGAGCCCAAGGCGGUGCUGCUCAAAGCCGCGUACGACGUGUCCUCCUUCAGCUUCUUCCAGAGGUCCAGUGUUCAGGAGUUCAUGACCUUCACGAGUCAGCUGAUCGUGGAGCGCUCGGCCAAGGGCAGCAGAGCUUCAGUCAAAGAACAAGAAUAUCUGUGCCACGUCUACGUGCGAAACGACAGCCUUGCAGGGGUGGUCAUUGCUGACAGUGAAUAUCCGUCCCGGGUGGCCUUUACCUUGCUGGAGAAGGUACUAGACGAAUUCUCCAAGCAGGUGGACAGGAUAGAGUGGCCAGUCGGAUCCCCUGCUACAAUUCACUACACGGCCCUAGAUGGCCACCUCAGUCGAUACCAGAACCCCCGAGAAGCUGACCCCAUGAGUAAGGUGCAGGCUGAGCUGGAUGAGACCAAAAUCAUUCUGCACAACACCAUGGAGUCUCUGCUGGAGCGGGGGGAGAAACUAGAUGACCUGGUGUCCAAGUCUGAAGUGCUGGGGACACAGUCUAAAGCCUUCUAUAAAACGGCCCGGAAGCAGAACUCAUGCUGUGCAGUAAUGUGACAGCAGCGCGCAGAGGCCCCUGGGCCAAACGCCAGUCAUUUGCAUCAGAACCACAGUCCCUGGAGAAGCAGAGCCACCACGGGAAGACUCUGCACCCCUGGAGCCCUUGGCAGGGACCGAGGGGUCACAGAAUGGCCUGGGGGUGGGAAACAUUCAAAUUUACAUGCCUGGUGAUUUUUGGGAAGAUGGUUUGAAGCCCCCAGGGAUGUAUUACUGGGCCAGAUGAAACCAUAAACUCUUGAGUGACUCACA